AUGGCGACUAACACCGCCCACGCGUCUUCGACGCACGUCCAGCUCUCUCCCAGCACCACCCCAGGCUACACGCACGCCGACGGCCUCACUGCCGAAAGCGCAAAGAAAGCCUCAGACUUGCUCACCAUCAACCACGCCGCGUACCACACGCGCUGGAAAGGCACAUUCCACAACCACAUCACGCACCACCUCGUGUCCCUCUGGGCGCUCGGCGCGUCGCCAGACGAAAUCCAGGACUUGUGGGACUUCAACACGCCGUACCAGACGCCGCUGGAGCGCGAUGAUGCCGCCACGGCUGCGUCGGGGUAUCUGGAUCUGAAGGAUCCGGCGGUGUUCGACCAGUGCCUUGGGAAGGAUGAGUGCUAUGCGGAUUUCUUGAAGUUCUUUGAGGAGGAAGUUGAGGAGAAGGGUAUGCAGGAUGUGGUGAGGGAGUAUGUGCUCCGGGGCGAUGCAAGGGCGGACGAUAUCUUCUGCAGGAUGUACACGGAUCUCGUACACCCCAUGAUCCACCUCGGCUGCGGCCUCGAAUUCCACCAGCCCAGCCUCGUCGCCGAAGCCCUCGCCGCCGCCUGCGUCCACGACAACUACCCGGCAACCUUCCUCCUCCCCACGGAAGCCUACGUCCGCGCCAACCCCGGCACCGCAGACGCAAGCCCGCCACUCCUCCAAACACUCCAAGCCCUGCACAACGAUCCCGCCAUCGCCGGCGCCGUGCAGCCCUCCGAUCCCUUCAACAAGAUCCCCGACGGGCUGCUCACGCGCAUCACCCCCGCGCAGCUCGUCCCCUACCUGAGCCAAUUCCGCGUCGCCGCCAGGCCGGCCGAUCUCGCGCGCAAGCUGGCCGACAUGCUGCACACGGGCGCGUACGUAGCGGGCGCGGCGCAGCGGCCGGGCAAGCGCGAGGCGGUGGACUUCGUGCUGCUGCACUGCGUGACGCUGGGGGUGUUCUACCCGGCGAUUCUGGCGCUGGACUGGCUGAGCGACGGCGAGAAGGCGCGCUUGCUCGAGGCGAAGGGAAGAGUCGACGCCGUUAUGUACGCGGGGUGUGGGUGUCCGCCGCUGUAUGCGGAGCGGGUGAGGGGGUAUGUCCCGAGGUUUGCGGGGCAGGGCUGGGAGGAGUUGUUCCGGCGCGCGGUUGUGUAUCGCGAUGAGGGGCAUGUGGCGAAGUUGGUGCGGGCGCUGUUUUGCGCAGAGAGACUGGGGGAUACGGCGGAGGGGUUUCCGGUUGAGAGGGGAGAGUUUGUGCGGAUUGCGCAUAUGGCUGUGGAUUCGGCCGAGAGGGCGCUGGAGCCGGGUGGGCAUACGAUGCCGGAGGAGGUUGUGCGUAAGGUGGCGGGCGGCGUGGGCGGGGGCGGCGAGAUGGUGACGGAUAAUAUGAAGAGGUGGGUAUUUUAUGGCGGGGUGGAGGGGGCGUGGAAGUAUGUGCCGGAUUUGGAGGGGGUGGCGGUUGAGUGA